ACCCAAUCCAUAUGAUUUUGAAGGACCUAUUCUUCCCCUUCUUCUUCUUCUUCAUCGUCUUCACUGUCACUGAUUCCGUGUUUCGCCUUUCGCCUUUCUGAAAGAACAAAGCUUUCAGUGGCCGUACGAGACAUUUAAAGCUCCUUGUUUGAUUCAGUCUACGAAAGUAGCAUUCUUUUUUAUUUUAUGUUCUCAAAUACCGAAGACCCACACUCUUAUCUCUCUCUGUUUGGUGCUUUCAAAUCGAAGCACAAGGGAAGAGCCAGCGAUUUUUCUGGGUUUUAAAGCCGAUCGGAAAAUCGCCGGCGAUUUGAUGGAAUCGAUGCCCUUAGUAUUAGAGUUUCCUACAUUUCAUGGAGGUAAUGAUACGGUGCCGUCCAUGUACCUUUCUCAGAUUCGGUUCUAAGCUACGAGUCGCCGUCGCUAUCCUCAAGGUUAUAUUGCUAGUGAUAUGGUUGGAAACUAGUAAUGCACAAUCCCAAGAAAACACACUUCAAGGGCAGGAUCCAGAAUGGUUGUCCGAGAGUGUUGCUUCACAUUCCUGCAUCCAUGACCAGAUACUUAAACAACGGAGGCGACCUGGUCGCAAAGUGUACACUGUUACCCCCCAGGUGUACGAGGGGUCUGGUAUAUCACAAGCCCUUCACCAAAAAGGUAGGGCAUUACUUGGAAUUUCCAAGUGCUCGGUACAGCAGAAGGAUGUAAAACGGCCUAUUAGAAUAUAUUUAAAUUAUGAUGCUGUUGGUCACUCGCCUGAUAGAGACUGUCGAAAUGUUGGUGAUAUUGUUAAGCUUGGGGAGCCUCCUGUGACGUAUUCUGUUCUUGGUUCUCCUUCUUGCAAUCCUCAUGGUGAUCCUCCAAUUUCUGGUGACUGCUGGUAUAACUGCACUUUGGAUGAUAUAGCUGGGAAGGACAAACGGCAGCGCCUUCGCAAGGCUCUAGGGCAGACAGCCGACUGGUUCAAGAGAGCCUUAGCUGUUGAACCUGUGAGGGGGAAUUUGCGGUUGAGUGGGUAUUCAGCAUGCGGCCAAGAUGGAGGUGUGCAGCUGCCACGUCAAUAUGUUGAAGAGGGCGUUGCUGAAGCAGACCUGGUUCUUCUUGUGACAACAAGACCUACCACUGGAAACACUCUUGCAUGGGCAGUGGCUUGUGAACGUGAUCAAUGGGGUCGUGCAAUUGCAGGACAUGUAAAUGUUGCUCCUCGCCAUUUGACAGCAGAAGCAGAAACUCUACUUUCUGCUACUCUCAUACAUGAGGUUAUGCAUGUUCUCGGUUUUGAUCCCCAUGCCUUUGCUCAUUUUAGGGAUGAGAGGAAAAGAAGGCGUAGUCAGGUUACAGAACAAAUCAUGGAUGAAAAGCUUGGGCGUAUGGUGACCCGUGUGGUGCUUCCACGUGUUGUCAUGCAUUCACGAUAUCAUUAUGCGGCAUUCUCUGAGAAUUUCACUGGUUUAGAGCUUGAAGAUGGGGGAGGACGCGGCACAUCAGGGUCACACUGGGAAAAAAGACUUCUAAUGAAUGAAAUUAUGACGGGUUCAGUGGACACAAGAUCCGUUGUUUCAAAAAUGACACUGGCGUUAUUAGAAGAUAGUGGAUGGUACCAGGCUAAUUAUAGUAUGGUGGACCAUCUUGAUUGGGGCCGCAACCAAGGAACUGAGUUUGUUACCUCCCCUUGCAAUCUCUGGAAGGGGGCAUAUCAUUGCAACACAACACAAUUGUCAGGAUGUACAUACAACAGAGAAGCAGAGGGUUACUGUCCAAUCGUAAGUUACAGUGGAGACCUACCCCAGUGGGCACGCUAUUUCCCACAGGCUAACAAAGGUGGGCAGUCCUCACUGGCUGAUUAUUGCACCUAUUUCGUUGCUUACUCUGAUGGAUCAUGUACUGACACUAACAGUGCACGACCACCUGACAGAAUGUUGGGUGAAGUACGAGGAAGUAACUCUAGGUGUAUGGCUUCAUCCUUGGUACGUACUGGGUUUGUACGGGGUUCUAUGACCCAAGGAAAUGGAUGCUAUCAGCACAGAUGUGUUAAUAAUUCAUUAGAGGUUGCUGUGGAUGGUAUGUGGAAAGUAUGUCCUGAAGCUGGUGGACCACUUCAGUUCCCAGGAUUUAAUGGUGAAUUGCUUUGCCCGGCAUACCAUGAACUCUGUAGUACAAGCCUAGUUCCUGGGACUGGGCAAUGUCCAAAAUCAUGUAAUUUCAAUGGAGAUUGUGUUGAAGGAAGGUGCCACUGUUUUCUAGGGUUUCAUGGUUCCGAUUGUAGUAAACGCACCUGCCCAAGCAGCUGUAGUGGACGUGGAAAUUGCCUUUCUAAUGGGCUCUGUGAAUGUGAAAAUGGAUACACAGGCAUUGACUGCUCCACUGCUGUUUGUGAUGAGCAAUGCAGCCUUCAUGGAGGUGUCUGUGAUGAUGGAGUCUGUGAAUUCCGAUGCUCUGACUAUGCAGGCUACUCUUGCCAGAACAGCACCAUGCUGCAAUCUAGUCUUAAAGUUUGUAAAGAUGUGCUGGAGAAUGUCAACUCUGGUGCUGGUCAGCAUUGUGCACCCAGUGAACCAAGUAUAUUGCAGCAGCUAGAGGAUGUAGUGGUCAUGCCCAACUACCAUCGUUUGUUUCCUGGGGGUGCUAGGAAACUUUUUAGCAUCUUUGGCACCAGCUACUGUGAUAUGACUGCGAAGCAGCUGGCUUGCUGGAUCUCAAUUCAAAAGUGUGACAAGGACGGGGACAACAGGCUCCGCGUAUGCUAUUCGGCUUGUCAGUCGUAUAAUUCGGCAUGCGGAGCUUCACUGGAUUGCUCGGACCAAACCCUGUUCAGUAGUAAGGAUGAAGCAGAAGGUCAAUGCACCGGGUCUAGUGAGAUGAAAACAUCAUGGAUUAGCAGCAUAUAUAGUUUGUUUUCAAGUAAUAGUUCCUCAAAAGGGACGUCUGUAAAAAAUAGGCAGCUUUAGUAUUUACUUUUGAUUUUUUGUUUUUUUCUUGUAAUUUUUUAGGGUUUCAUUUUAGGAAAAGGUGGCAUUUAAUGCUGUCUUAGAUGUAGGUUUUCCGUCUGCAGGGCCCAAUAAUCAUUAAAAAAAAGUUGGGCCGGAAGGCGAGAGUUGUGGCUUUCAAAGAUGAAAGCCGCUUGUAGAGAAAAUUGGAAAUGCAGGAAAUGCAAGGUGAGUAGAAAAAGAAAAGGAAAAAAAAGAGGAAGAGUCUUGUUAAGUUGCUUGCACGGUUGUUUUGUUUGUUAGGCCGAAGGCCUUGAAAUUUGAAAGAGAAAAAAAAAGCCUUGUAUUU